CCACACUUCACAAACCCAAUUUUUCCAACACUUUACAAACCCGAAUACGAAGGACUGAAGGAGCCUCAAUAACUUGCUCUUCAAGCCCCUUCCUUGUUCGAUCUUCCAUGGAUGAUACUUCAAGCUCUUCUUUCCCAGUUCGCCACAAGAAAUUCUCUGUCAAUAUAAAAGAAAGUAAGAUUGAUAUAGUCAUUUGUAGCUAUGAUGAUCAAUUCUUGGUUAUUGCUACUCAAAUCGGGACUAUGGGAACCAUAAUGCAUGCACGGAAGGAAGAAGGGAUGUUAAAUAAUCCUACUUUCAAUGUAUCUGUUAUAUUUGGUAAACGAGACGAGCCAAUGCUACUGGCAUGCGCUCGCCAGCUUAUCGAACAUAUAAGCAACUCCGGUUCUUCAAAACCGUUGACACUCUCACUUGGUCUCAAAGAUCAUUCCACGGAGACGCUUAAAGGGAUUGUUUCUGCUGUGAUUGAGAACCGAUUGUGGUAAUGGUUACAUGUUUGGUCUUUAUCAACAUGCAAAGAUGGAUGUUACACAUAACUGUGUUUUCUUGAUUCUAUGAAAGUUGUUUCAUGAAUUGGCUUUUUUUUUUUUUUUUUUUUUUUUUUUUUUUUUUUUUUUGUAAUUGGAUAUGAAGAUGUUUGUAUCAAAUCUUUCGGAUUCAGAAACUAUUU